AUGUCUGACCGCGUGGUCCAGCCCAGCGAGCCCGCCUUCACGGUCGUGCUUCGCGGCAAACACUUCGAGCUGUCCGACACUCAAAUCCGCUUCGACUCGCCGAACAAGUUCACGGGCGUGUUUCUCGGCGGCAACGGCGGAACGGACAUCAUGUACUCGGAUAGACGACCCGAAUACUUCCCCAUCAUCUCGGAGUGGUUGGCGGGAUACGAAGACAUGUUUCCGAUUCACCUCGAGGGGAUGAGCGAGCAGGUGGCGACGCGGGCGAUUCUGGCGGAGGCGGAGCACUUCAAGCUGAAGAAGCUGGCUGCGAGGCUGAAGACGGCGCUGGACAGGGCGGAACCGCUGGACCAGCCUCUCAUGUGGCCUUUCACCGGGUCGCAAGAGGGCACCUUCUUCCGCGUCCGGCCAGUCGUUCACGAGUUUGCGGACAUUGUCAAGAAGUACCCGGAUGGUGUGCCGCGAGAGGUCUUCGAGGCGCGUCCUACCGCCUCUGCGCAGUUUUACUGGUUUCACGACCUCCAGGUCAGGUUCGACUGCCGACAGCUAUCAGCACAAGGCCUCCCGACGGUCUCCGUCCUCUUCCUCAACCGCGAAAUCCAAGCAGCUGACUCGACAGCUCAACAAGCCUCAGUCACGAUUGACCGGCAACCUCUCUCACUGGCUGUCUUGCUGAAGUGGAUCGCCUCGCCCAAGGUCGUUUCAACGAAGGAUAGCCCGCUCGAACCGCUCGCUACUUACUUCCGACCCGAAGGAACGCCGCAGGCCGACCGCAUCGUGACAAUCCGCGUGCAUCGAGCAGCCGGCUACAUCCGAGGGGACUUGCGCAUCGCCCACCUCGACAUCUUCUCGAACCACCAGGGUUACAUGCUCUGGCGCAACGUCGGCUAUGACCACACCUCGAACCUCUUGACCGGCACCAGCUCGCCCAAAAACACGCAGUCGACCGCACCCACCUCCUCCGUGCCCAAGGCUGCCAGCCGCGCGUCUACGUCCAGCCCCUAA